AUGAACAUCGUUGUCUUCAACGUUACGUUUUGGUUGGUGACUUUGACCUAUCCCAUCCGCGAUCAUUCUCAAUCACAACAAUUGCGUGGUCGAGAGGAGCUGCGAAAAAGCACGAGAAACGUGAUUCGCCGCCCCCACAAGACUUCUCUUGAUUUUGGAUCCCAAUCAAUCGUUCCGCCUUCGCUAUAUUGUGCAAACUUUUGUAACGGGAUCAUGAGGCAUCUAGCUGAAGCAGACUGGAUCGAAAGAUUAGACCCUCCCAGCCAUCGAUUUCGCAUUUAUCAGAGCAUGGAUGAUUUGAGCGUCUACGAACCUGAAUAUGAGCCCGAGGAAGUGGUGAUCGCUAACGGGAAAGUGAGGCUGCAAGUACUUUCCGUUGUUCCACCUCCUCUCGAAUACAUGGCAACACUGCAUGCAGAUCGACAAGAAAUUAGCGGUCGGCAAGUCUGGACUGGAUCUCUUGCACUUGCUCACGUUCUGGAACAGCAUGAACCUGCCAAACGCGACUUGCAGGCCAAAAGAAUACUGGAGCUUGGUAGUGGAACCGGAAUUCUUGGAAUGUCUGUCUCUAAGCUGUUUAACCCGGAAAUUGUUGUUUUGACUGAUGGGGAUCCCAAGGCUGUUGAAUUGCUGGAGCAAAAUCUGGACAAUCCGUUCAACGAAAUAGACCUAGCUAAAACGAGACUUGAAACACUAGUUUGGGGAAACGUGAAGCCAUCUUUUGCUAAAAGUUGCAGAGCAUUCGGACCGCAUUGGUUGGAAGCAGAAAAAGUACAAUUUGAUAGUAUACUCGGAGGAGAUGUGUUGUACAAGAACGAAUUGCCCGUGCUCUUCUUUAUUACCGUAAAAUGUUUACUGAAGCCGAAUGGUGUGCUGUGGCUAUGCCACAUCCCCCGGUCUACCGUGACACAAGAAGUGGUAGUUAAUGCAGCUAAAAUGGCCGGCUUCCAGUGGGAAGUCGUCGACUUCAAUUCAAAGAUACAAGGCUGCCCAGUUGAAGACGCAAAUCGAGCACGAGUGUACAGACUGAAGCUUAAUCCAUGA